UUCCUCUAGUCAGAGUUGAGACACGAGCGGUCCUCUUCGUGAUUGGUGCCGCCAUAUUUCAGUUUGUCGAUGUGUUAGUUAAUGUAAGUGAAUAGGUGAAAUCAGUUUUUGUUGGUAUAGAGUACUACAGACAACAGAGUUGUCAUGGUUGUCACACAGAAUUGACAGAAUCAAAUUAUAGAAUUUUACAAAAGUAAGAAAUUAUUCUUCAAUCAUUGUAUGGUAUGGUUCUACAGAGUGUAUCACCACAAACCGAUUCUGCAACUAUAUCUAAAAUUAAACAGUAACCAGUAGUAAAUACUUCAGAUAACGUUUCUGCGCACAUUAUUUGAUAUAUUUACUAUUGGUUAUAGACGUUAUAGAUUCAUACGUUUAUUUUGUAAUAAUAAAAAAUUAUGUUACAUUCAUGUCGCAUUUUUAUUCUGAGUGUGAAAACAUUUUGAAAAUUAUUUUAGUAUAAGUUAUAAUUCAUUUCCAUGAUUUGAAAGUUGCGCCAGCGAAUUAUUGGCUGUUUCCGGUAAGACUGAAACAUGGCGUCUUUCCGCCUCAUGUCUCAACUCUGACUAGAGGAACUCUAGACGUCGGACGCGCGAUUGGUUUUGGUCGAGGCGCGACGUGCGCGGACGAGGAGAAUCGAACCCUCGAGUCACUUAACGAAUUUAGUCCCCCGCGACUUCGGAUCUCGACGACACGAGGUACGGCUCAGUGCGCCGAAGUGCGCUUUCGUUUCAGGCUCGUCGCCGCGUCCGUGUCGCCGUUUCGCCUAGCUAAAUUCAGCCCCGGCGCGCGUAGCCGGGCCGCGUCACGUACACACGAUACACACACACGACGUCGAGAACGCGCGAUCUCACGUCGGUAAAUUAUUGAGUGCCGGGUGGCGAUGGUGUCGCUCACGACGCACGGUGACUGAUUCGACUCACGCGGUCCCGGUCAGUUCCGUGCAUUCAAUAUGGCAGGCCGAGGUGGCUACGACGAUUCAAGAGAUUAUCCCACUCACCGAAGUAGAAAACCGUUGCCGACAGAACCUCCGUAUACUGCGUACGUGGGAAAUUUACCGAAUGGAAUUGUGCAAGGCGACGUUGACAAAAUCUUCGAGAAUCUUAAUGUCAAAGUCAUCAGACUGGUUAAGGACAGGGACACUGAUAAAUUUAAGGGCUUCUGCUAUGUCGAAUUCGAGGACUUGUCUGAUCUCGAGAAAGCGCUGGAAAUGGACGGGGCGGUAGAAGUAGACAAAUGUCUGAUCAAGAUCGAUGUAGCGGAAGGAAAGAGAAACGACCGUGGCGGCGGUUUCGACAGGAGAGGUCGCGGCGGCAGCGGCGGCGGUGGCGGCGGCGGGAGCGGAUUCAAAGGACGGGACGCCGGUCGUAGUGGAUACGAUGAUUUCGAUAGUAAAUCCUCAUAUUCAAGAUACAGCGAUAGAGGCCCGCAGGGAGGUAGGCAAGGCAACGAUAGAUGGGAUUCUAGAAGUAAUAGGGGCAAUUACGGCCAAUUCAACGACGACACAGGUGGGAACCGUGACUGGUCGCGAAGUACGUCUGGCAGAUCGUACACUAAUAAACCUCCACUUCGGGGAACCGGUCCGGAACGAAAACCGUUUCAAGAGGACCCCUAUCAGAAAGAUGCUCCUCCACCAGACACUACUGGAAGGAAACGUCUGGAGCUCAAACCAAGGACUGUUAAAGAGCCUGUGAAUGCAAUUGCGGAAUCGAGUAAAACAAGUUCCAUUUACGGAGGUGCAAAGCCUCGGGAGGAAAAAAUGCAGGAAAAGUAAAAAAAAAAACUAACGAUAUCACCAAUAGUCUCAGAUUUCCCCGCGGAAAUUGGAGAGAAAAACAUUGUUGACAAAAUUUUAAAACCAAUCCAAGAUUUCCUCAUAGUU